UUAGUUAAUCUAUUAAUUAAGAAAUUACCUUUGUUGAUUGUGUUUCUCUUGGAUUAAAUUGCUUAUCUUGAUUUUCAUUUUUCAUUGGUUAUCAUCAAAAUGGGUGAGGUUGAAGAAGUUGAGAAAAAGAAUCCUCUUAAUUUAAAAUGGACUUUAUGGUAUUUGAAGCCUAAUAAAGGUGGUGAUUGGGAAUCCAAUUUGGUGCCGGUAACCUCUGUUGGAACUGUCGAAGAUUUUUGGGCGCUUUACAAUCACAUUGAGCUUCCAAGUAAUUUGAUUCAAGGAUCUGAUUAUAGUGUGUUCAAAGAUGAUAUUAAACCUAUGUGGGAAGAUAAAGCUAAUCGUAAUGGAGGACGUUGGCUGAUGACGUUUGAAAAAGGGGCAAGGGGAGCAACCAAAUUGGAUAAUGCUUGGCUUGAAGUGUUACUUUGUCUCAUCGGUGAAGCAUUUGACGAUGAAAGUGACCAAGUCUGUGGAGCGGUUGUAAAUGUCAGACGAGUAAUGACCAAAAUAUCAGUAUGGACUGCCAAUUACGAUGAUAAAGCAGCGAAUAAAAAAAUAGGCAAAAUUAUUAAACAACGAACUGGUUAUAGUGAUCCAAUCUAUUACGAAAGACACGUUGAUACCGCUGAAAGAGGGUCCAAGAAUAUAGCUCCAUGGGAUAGUUUGGAGUAAAAUAAUUUCCCAAAAAAAAAAUUCUAUUCUAAUCUCUCCACUCCUUCUAUAUAAUUGUUAUAAAAACCACAAACACACACACACACAGUUGCUAAUCAACGUUGAUUAAUAUGAUCACCGUUAAAAAAAAACAAAGCAAAAAAUUGUAUAUCGCUGAUUUGUUAAAAUGAAUAAAUUGUUUCUCCUUUAUAAUAUAUAAAAAAAAGUAAAAACAACAA